GGCGUAAAGAAUUAUUCUCUGUAUUAAAACCAGACAAACGCCGUCGGUGCUCUCUCAAACAUCUCUCUCUCUCUCUCUCUCUCUCUCUCUGCCAUGACCAGCUCCUCCGCUUCUUCUCGCAAGGCACUGAGCAAGAUCGCCUGCAAUCGACUCCAGAAGGAGCUCGUGGAAUGGCAGGUGAAUCCGCCCUCAGGUUUCAAACACAAAGUCACUGAUAAUCUACAAAGAUGGGUAAUUGAAGUCAACGGUGCGCCGGGGACGUUGUAUGCGGGUGAGACGUAUCAGCUUCAGGUUGAUUUUCCCGAGCAUUACCCUAUGGAAGCCCCACAGGUUAUUUUUGUUCCUCCGGCGCCACUUCACCCGCACAUUUAUAGCAAUGGACAUAUUUGUUUAGAUAUCUUGUACGAUUCAUGGUCCCCAGCCAUGACUGUAAGUUCCAUAUGCAUCAGCAUUCUCUCCAUGUUGUCAAGCUCCCCCGUUAAGCAACGACCUGCGGACAAUGACCGCUAUGUGAAGAACUGCAAGAACGGCAGAUCUCCCAAGGAGACAAGAUGGUGGUUCCAUGAUGAUAAAGUUUAGCUAUGAGAAUGUAUGAUGGCCACAAGACCCUGAAACACCUCCUCCUGCGUGGGUUGUCAACAAGGGUGUAACUUGCUUUUCAUUUCCAUAGAAAUAGGACUUGAAGAGUAGGUUUCCAUUUCAAAUGGCCUAACUAUUGUUGGUUAAAAAAAAAAAACAUUUUAAGAAAUCCAGUGGCUGUCGUACGGCGGGAAUGCCGGUGGCCCUGCUUUGUGUACUUGUAAUUUGUAAAUUUAGGAAAUUAUGUUUCCGAGGACAUGUAUGAGCACCAAAUCAGGCUGGUCACUGGUGUACUGCUAUUUAUGUUAGUAUGGUUAAGUUUGA